CGCAGACAUCAAGCUGCAAGUCGAGAGAUGGCCAUGUCGGACGCCUUGCCCAACGUGCUCGAAGAUGGCGACCUCCUCAUCGAGAUCCUCCUACGCGUCGGCUCUCCCACCACCCUGGUGCGCGCCGCCAUAGUCUGUAAGCGCUGGUACCACCAUGCCUCCGAUCCUAGGUUCCUCCACCGUUUUCACGAGCUUAACCCGCCUCGCCUCCUCGGCUUCUACUUCCAGGCCAUGAGGGCUCACACGGCUCCACGUUUCAUUCCGAUGCUGCCGCAGCCUGCAGAGCUGGCCUCCGUCAUCCGUCAUGAAAGUUUCAGCCUGGAGAGCUACCACAAUAGCUUCGUCAUGGAUUGCCGGAACGGUAGAGUCUUAAUCUGGUACAACAGCGGAACCUACCAGGCACUUCAAGUGCAAAGCUUUCUGCGCGCUGGGAGGGGCAUGGCCAUCAUCCCAGAACUUCCCCGCUACAACGAUGGCUCAUACUGUGCUUACAGUAGAAUUCUCUCCGAUGAAAAAGGAAAAGGCUUGUCCUACCUCUAUUUGUUGGUGCAGCUCAACUGGGAGAGUAUGGAAUCUACUGUACGUGUUCAUGUAUUGCAAGAUGGCGUCUGGUCCAUGCGCACCUCGGUCGCAUGCCAACUCAGUCAUCCACGGUCAAAAAUAUAUCCAGUGGCUAUCCAAAAUAAAAUAUAUAUCGGCUCCUUGACAUAUAUUAUUGUCUUGGAUUUGAUGUCGUCAUGUCUCUCCACAAUUCAGCUCCCAAAAGGGGUGUAUUUUGGUGAUAGACGCACUGUGUUGUCACGGACUGAUGAUUCUUCCGGUGUAUAUCUCAUCCAUGUGACAGAGCUUCGACUUCACAUCUGGCUCCACAACAGCGACAACUGGUUGUCGGUGGGGAUCAUUUGCUUGCGCGAGAAGUUUUCUAAUUUGAGGAUGUUAGAUCGCACAUUUGAUGAUGAUGGUACUGCUGAUGUGCACAUAAGAGGGGUGGGAGACAAUGCUGCAUUUGUGUUCUUGACAAUGGGUCGAUGCGUACUCUUUGUGGAUAUCAAAUGCGGCACACUUCGUAAAGUGCAUGACAUGACAAAUGAUGAUAUAUCUAUCAAUGAUAUAUAUCCUUUUAUGACGAUCUGGCCUCCCACAUUCCCUGAGCUCAAGAAUGAUCCUGCAAGAAAAGUCAUGUGACGAGGAAAGAGAUCGAUGUUCUUGGACAACAUAUAUUUGCGACAAGUGCUACAUCAAGGAACAAUAUGAUUGUGAUCUAUUUGCAACCCAUUUAUAGGUAGUAGUAGAAACUAUCCUAGAGGGAGGAACUGUGUCCAAAACAAGACUUCGUGCCGGUUUCUUACUGGGGCGAAUGAAUAACAAAAGUUCGUUCCAAUCUAUACUGCAUCGACCAAGGAUGCUAACUAGAGAUGGUUGUUAAUGUUUCUUCUUCGCUUUGA